UUUCCAUAGUUACAACAUCCGGGAAGGUUUGCGUCCCUGGUUACCAAAUACGCUGGUAACUUUGUGUGCAACAUUUUUAACUGGACCACAGAUAUUUAAUACUUAAAAUACCAACUUUGUUUCCCUUCCUCUUCAAAUACGGAUUUUCAAAAUUCACAGAAUGGAAAUAAUCAGAGGGAGUUUAGAGGACAUUUCUCGACCUGCAUCGAGUGAGCAAACAGGCAGCCGUGUGUCCAGCAUGUCUUUGCCUCAUAAUGAGAGAAUUAGUCCUACGACCUCGUUUUCCCUUGUUGUUUUGUCAAAGGAUGCCACUAAUAUCAAGAUAAGGAGCAACACUGAAGAUGCUAUGGUCAACUCAACAGCCAGAGGUCUUCCUGACAAAGGUCAGCUUCGUGCUAAUUUAACUGAUGAAGAAAAAGAAGACUCCAAACUGCAGAGAGCCAUCGAGGAGAUGAGACGACUUGAUGAAAUGUUAGCUGAGAAGAUCUGUAGAGAAAAUGAAGUCAGACGUCAAAGGAAAGAACUUCAAGCAAGACUCUGGCAAGAGCUCAUGCAAAGUAAGCCUGAAGGUCACUCUGAAUGUGCCAGCGAAGCUUCAAACACAAGGUUGUUUCUGGCUUUGGAAGCACCCCCCAAUACAGAAGAGGAGGAAAACUUUGUACCACUGUUUGAAACUCAGGUUCCUGAUUGUGACCACACCGGAGACGGCAAAUACAUGGAGCAAUAUGAAAAGAUGUCAGACAGCUGGAUAGAAUCAUUUGAAGUAGGCCACGAGGAGAGAGGGGAAGAGCAAUUUGAAGGCAGCCACUGUGGAGCUUCCAAAGGCAAGAAAAAACAGAAGGACUUUGUCAAGAGAAACAUCGAGCAUGUGAGUGGGGAGGGGGCCCAGGUGCGUUUGACCCAGGCAGAAAAAGAGCGUCUGGCUGAGCUCCUGCAAGGAGCAGACGAAAAGGAAGACGACAAUGCCAGAGGGGCAGACAGCGAGGAGGACAUGUGGGCUGUUUCACUCUCAACAGGCCAGGGUUACACUCCAGAGCCCUCUGACCUGGAGCACCUCCAUAACAUUGACUCCAAAAUUCGCUGUUUCCUCCCUGCAGAAGAUUUCUUCUCAGUGCAAAGCUCAUACAUCGACAUUGGAAGGAUGUCCCAGGGCCAGGGCUCACAGGUUGGCUGGACGUGUGAUGGGGACCGGCAGCCAGGAGAGAAGGUCCUGCAGGAUAUAAAGGAGAGGAGAGGGCAGGAGAGGCGGCUCCAAGAGAUCCAACAGCAGCUGGAGCUCCUGGGCAUGGGCCAGGAGAUGACUGAAAGUCGGAGUUGUAGUUCCCAUCCAGCCGGCUGGUGCUGGUUAGAAGCAUUUGUGGCCGUUAAUGCUCAGGCUGGUGGGGCACUUCUUUAUUGCCCUAUUUAUGAGCACCGAAACACUGACAUGCACGUGAAGGUCAAGUCCAUAGCUAAAGGCCAGAUCUUGCUACAUGCAUGUCAAAGGACAACAACAUGCAGCGCUGCAGGGUGCGUCCACGCUGGAAUGUGCCCCUGCUGCCUUUGGUCUUCCUAUCCAGAGAUUGAGUCACCAGGCCUCGCUGAGGAGCAGUUACUUAGUCUGCUGGAUGAAUGUGAGCUGGCGGAGAGCUGGAUCCAGGAUCUAGAGAUGCAAAGAGACCCUAAAGAAGACCACAUCUGAAGUCCUGCUGUCAGGAUGCCUGUCAGAAGGUUAUCCUACUACUGCUGGGAUGUCAACUACUUGAUUUAAAUAUCAUGAAAUAAGAGACAACUUCAUGAUCACAAAAUAUAUUUUAUACUAAACACUUGUAACAGACUAGUCUGAAGUGCUUUCAGAUUUAUGUAUCUAUGACAGCCUGUUCUUAUGUAAAGUAAUAUAAAUAAUCCUGAACAUCUGAUUUAGAAUCUGAAAAAGAAAUAAAUCUACCUUUUGGCACAUGUC